GCUGAGAGAUCGGCGCGGCGCUCUCGGCGCUGAAGAGCGAGCACGAGGGAAGCGCAAGCAAGGAGCAGCCGUGCUUUUGGCGCAACGCCGCCGCCGCUGCAACCGCCGCGAGCGCAGCAGACGACGCCAGGCGCCGCUCGCCGCCCGUUACAACGCGCCCCGCGCACUCAGAGAUCCCGCGUGUGCCGCCCUGGAUUGGCAGAAGCGUCGUCGCAGCGACAGCAGUAGCCGAGCAGCGCGCCGCAGACGACGCAGCAAGAUGGGAAUAGUACCUGGAAUGACGACGACGAGCCCGUGACUCUUGUGGGGAGUGCAUUUUUUUUUAUUUGCCUCGCCGACUGCCGUGUCAGGAUGAAGUCCAAGAGAGGUCGAGACCGGCUGAAGCUGCAGCUGUGCUCGGGGGAUGAGUCCCUGCCAUACCCGCGAGGGACGCUGGGAGAGCUGUCCCCGCGCAAGCGCCGUGGGAACCUUCCCAAGGAGUCGGUCAAGAUACUUCGCAUGUGGCUGUACGAGCACCGGUACAACGCAUACCCUUCCGACCAGGAGAAGCUGCACCUGUCGCGGGAGGCGAACCUGUCGGUGCUGCAGGUGUGCAACUGGUUCAUCAACGCCCGCCGGCGCAUCCUGCCGGACAUGAUCCGCAAGGAGGGCCACGAUCCGCACCAGUACACCAUCACCCGGAAGUCGUCAUCGUCUUCCUCGUCCUCUUCUUCCGGCAGGUCGCCGCCGAGUCAGGCGUCGCUGCCGCCGCCGUCCCUGCCGCCCCUGGUGCACCACCACAGCGGCGGCAGCCACCACCAGCAGGCGCCGCACUUGGCGCCCGCGCACCGGCACCACGGGGUGCCACCUUUCGGCGCGUCGGCCGCGCCCUCGUCGGCACCGCUCAAGGCCGUCAAGGACGAGGACCUCAACAGCGACGACUCCGAGGGGGCCGCCAGCCUCGGCUCGCCGCGGUCGCCGCUCAAGCUGACCAAGCGUUGGCAGCGGAGCCACGAGCGGGACCUCAAGGAAGACCCGUCGCCUUCGUCCUGGGACGAGGACGACGACGACGAAGACGACGAUGAGAACGACGGCGAGGACGACGACGAAGGCGACGACGGGGAGGGCGACGACGAGGACGAGGACGACGAGGAAGAGGAGGGCUCGCCCUGGUUCCGCGAGGACGUCAAGGGCCGCGUCGUCGAGAGGUCCCCGGCCGACGACGGCGACCCCUUCAGCUGCCUCUACCUGCUAGUGGACGUUGCGCUGAGCGAACUGGAGAAGCGAGCAGCGUCCAGCUGAUAGCGGACCACGGCCGCCCCGUCCCCUCACUCCUAGGCGCGGGACCCAGGGGCGGACGUCGUACAGCCGUCGCCGGAAGUUUAGGGGCCAGGGCACGGCCGAGGCGCCGCCUCGGACGAACAGCGACGACGCGCGCCGUUCUCCGACGCCACGUGGCUCCGCAGCCGAGCGUGAGUGGCAGAGACACGCGAGACCCCCUGCAGUUAAGAGGGAGCGCUAACGUUCUGUGGUCCUGGCGGUCGCCGAAGCCGCCGUGCCGGGAAGCCUGGGGCAUCCGGCGGCGUCCGUUCGCGGCCGUGCCUUGACUCCUAGGCUUUCGACCCCUGAGACGGGCGCGCCCGUGCGUGGUGUGUGCGUGAUGUGUGCCUUGUGUGUUUUCCACGCUCCAUCCUCGCUUUCUUCCCGCGCCACUCAUCCGACUCUUUGUUUCGCCGUCUUCAUUUCGUCCGGGGCACCUCUCGCGCGUCAGACAUUAUAGCGCCCCCUCACCUCCUCGUGCCACCUGCAUCGCUACCACUACCACCACAAGCACCGCCACCACCACUACUACUACUACACCGCCACCCCCCUCGGCACCGUGCACACCGGCCUCGUUCCGAGCAGCGCACCCCACACCGGCAUUUUCUCUCUCACUGGACAAAGACACUUAACUUAUUCGGAGCGAGAUGGGGCCGAGCCCAUAGCCUCGAGAUGUGCUCGAACGGUGUAGCUGGCUCCCACUGUACCUCGGACGCUUCGCGUAGCAAUCGAGUUGUGCGCGCGGCGCUUUCAUUGUCGCGGCAGGGAGCUCCCUCCCACUCGGUCGCUGCCUGGCCAGCGACGAUGGGGAAACGUUCCCAACGCUGGGACGCUCGACCGGCGUCGAGAGACACGUGACCGGCUUUCAUUCUCAGUGAGCAUUUGUUACUUCGAGCGUUCUUUUUUUGUCUUCUUCUUCUUCUACAUUUCGGUUUGUGGAAAAGUGUCUGCAUGUGCCGCCUUCGCCGCGGGAAGCCGGUCUCGCCAGCCGAGAGUCAGUGGGUGUGACACCCCCCCCCCCCCCUUCGGCAAGUCGAUGUCGAUGCCUGUUUCUGGGGUGGUAUUCUGGACGCUGUUAGAACCCCGCCAAAUUGCAGAAGUUCGCCGUCUUGCCAGUUCUGACUGGCUGGUCGAAAAAGCGCCACUGCAGAAUGUGAACAAUAUGGCGGAGUUUGGCAGUUGGCACCUCCUGGUUACGGGGCAACAAUUUUCUGGAGAAGCCUCUCGUCGGGCCCAGUGAUAGCGGUCGACGAGACAGUGUCUCGUGAUGCCUGCCCGUGCGGCGCGCCAUUGACGCGUGCGUUCUGAAAUGUCGUGACGAGCGAUUGUCCAUGGACGCCUCUUUCGUAGCUGUCGGGCGACGCCAUCGUAAGCCUGCCUACGAACGGUUUUCGGGUCGCCUUUAUGUGUGACCGAUUGGAGUUUCUCCUCCUGAAGUUUGUUGCUCCAUAACGCAGGCGAAAAAAAAGAACGAAAGAAAAAAAAUCAGAGACACUGCCUUAGAGGCGGUGUACGCCCGCAGUCACACUCGUCUUCGUGCGCGCCGAUAAGCAGGCGAUGUCAUCGCAAUCGUGAACCGAGCGAGUCCUCCUACUGAAGCACCGUUUGGGGCGCGCGGCCUCAUGUCUGAAGCGGGGAUCACGUGCAAAUGUGAUGCGCAAAGACCGUUGAUGCGAAGCCUUUCUUUCCGGCCGCUUCGAUUGGCUUUGAAAGGGUCGGAGAAUAGUUUCACUUCAGCGCAAGCUCGCUCAUGUUAGGCCUAGCUCGCGUGCGUUACCGCUAGGAUUUCAGGUGUUCUGUGCACGAUACCCUUCCGUGUACUUGAGGAGGACUAAAAUUCGUUGGCAGCAGCACCGACAGGUGGCGCGUCGGAAGUGACGUCAGGAAAGUCGAAACGCUCGGACUCGUACAGUGGCCGUCCAAGUGUGGACGUUCGCGGUUCGCACUUGCGAUGACAGCGCCUCGGUAAGGCUGGUUUCGCACUACGUGGUCGCAACCGUUUUUGCUACGCGGGACGACGUCAUCGCCCGAGUUGACCGAUCGGAAGUGCCGGAUUUCUUGCGCGAUCCGACAUGCGCGUCAGUUACGACAUAUGUCUUGAACGCUCAUGCACGUACGCGACGACUGUGGCCGAGGCCUUGUGACGUCACAGCACAUGUUCCCACAGUGAAAGGUGGCGCUUCGGUCGCUACGCGUUGCCUUUCUGUGGCGAAGGGAGAAGAAAAAAAAAUAAGAAGUUGGGUAAGAGACGGUUUCAGAUGUAGCGCAUUGUUCUCAGACUGUUCCUGUCUUGUUUGACCGGUGUCUUGCAUCUUAAAAGCACACGAGCACCGUCGGUUAAUGUUUCUCUGCCCCCCCCCCCCCCUGUAGGAGAGCAGGUGUGUCACGUAGCGUUUCGUACGAAGCUUGGCGCACACGUCAUAACAUAUAUACAUAUAUGAAAAAAAGAAUGCGUGGAUCGGCAUUGUGCUGUUUCCUCGCUCCUAGUCGCAGCAUUAUCGAGGGAGGAAAAAAAAAAGCUAAACAACAUGGUCCGUCCGUGAGUCAGUCCGUCCGUGCGUUCGUUUCGUCGAGUUUUUAUUUUAUUCUUUUUGGUCGCCGCUCGCCCGGUAAAUCUUAAAAGAAGUUGUUUGUACAUUACAUAGUUUAACAGAGUUUACCCACAGCAUCACAUAUAUAUAUAUAUAAAUACUACGUAUAUCACCUCGUGCCCAACAUCAACCUAGUCUACAGACAAGAGUCGCGUGACGUUCUCUUCGCAUAUUGUCACACAUUUAAAGGCAUGCUGUAUAUAUACAGAUAUGUGUACACACUGCAUGUAAACAACAACGGGCACGCAGCCUGAUUAGCGUCGGCAGUUCGCAUGGAGCGUAUUUGUCGUAGCGGUAUAGAGUAAAGGACAGUUUCUUCGCAAGGUGCGGUUGUAUACUCUCACAUUGGGCAGGCCGAUGCGGAAGUCUUCGCUUAUAGAGAGUUUUGGAAUAGGGACCCCAAAGCAAUAGUAAACUGCGUUUGGGUUUCGCGUCGGGCACGCUGUUUCACUAAUUUAGCGGGAGCCCCAAAAGAUUUGCGUCAACAAACAUGGCGGCACCCAUCGAAGCGACGGCUCCAACCUAGCACCGAACUGGGCUCGAUUCGUGGUAACGCGUGAAGUUCGCAAGCUAGGAGAAGUGACUGCGGUUAUCGCUUUCUCUCAACUAGCGCUUGUUAUGAGGAUUGAUUCAUUAGACGCCGCUGAUUCCGAAUUUGAUUGUGGAUAUUAUGGCUCGUAGGCCUAACACGGCUUAGCUUGGCUGCUGAAAGCAUGUAACGUUGGCUACUCAAAACUAAGCGCAACUGAUUAUUUGCUGCUAGUAGAAUAAUUUCUACAUCGUAAUUAAAUGCUAAAACACGAAAGCCAAACUAAGCCGUGUUAGGCCUACGAGCCAUAAAAUCCACAAUCAAAUUCGAAAUCAGCGGCGUCUAAUUAAUCAAUCUUAAUAAAACACGCUAGUUGAGAGACAGCGAUAACAGCAGUCACCUCUCCUAGCUUGCGAACUUCACGCGUUACAGCGAAUCGAGCCCAGUUUCGUGCUAGGUUGGAGCCGUCGCUUCGAUGGGCGCCGCCAUGUUUGUUUACGCAUAUCUUUUGGGGCAGCUUUUGGGGCCCCUGCUAAAUCAGCGAAAUAGCGUGCCCGACGCAAAACCCAAGCGCAGUUACCGUCUCGCGCAUGCGCAGUGGCUUCGACGCUAUUUCUUCGGGGCCCCUAUUCUAAAACUCUCUAUCCACUCUUGCGCGCCCUAACGCUAACACCCACAAAGCUCUUUGGGGCCCCAGCCUACUGGGGCCCGUAUUCUAAAGCUCUCUUAUAUCUGCUGUCGAGGUGCAGUGCGUACAGUGGCAGUCGAAUGGUCGCGCAUUUCGUGAACUCGCUUUUUGCGGCAGUCCAAGUGUCCGUGUUCUGUGUUCACGCAGAACAAAACCGACAUCUCCUCUCAUGCGCUAUAUCACUCUCGCGGACGGCGAGGAGAAUCGCUGUGAACUUGUUCUGCACGAGAUCUGCACCGUGGUGGUGUGGUUCCGGUGGAGACGUGCAGAUGCCCACGCCACGCAUCGCUGGCGGAGGGAACACGGUGGUACUGGUGCAGCGCUCCCAUUUCUAACAGAAAUGUGCAGGCGAUUGGAAUGAAGAUUGUUAGCGAUUUGCCAAGAAGGAAUGAGUCGCGUGGUUCAGCUGAGUCUCUUGUCGUCGUCAUCAGCCUGGGUACGCCCACUACAGGGCAAAGGCCUCUCCCUUAUUUCUCCAACUACCCCGGUCAUGUACUAAUUGUGGCCAUGUCGUCCCUGAAAACUUCUUAAUCUCAUCCGCCCACCUAAUGUGAGGUAAAGCUAUGCAGGGCCAUACCCAGAAUUAAAUUUUAAAAAUUUCCAAGAAGAAGAAGGAGGAGGAGGAUGGGAGGGAGGGGCAACGGUGGCCAUAUUGAAAUACAUAGCUUUUCUAAUUUUAUGAUAUUGCACGUGAAUCAAGCAUAUCGCCGAUAUGUAGUAGUAAGAAGGGGACUUCUAAAUUAGUUUUAUUUCCACAAGAAAAAAAAUUUGGAGGGCUGUGUGUGGGAGGCGCGCCCGAAAUUUAAACCUUGGUUAAGGCAAGGAAUAAAACAUUGUUAUAUAAGGUUUGGAUCAUGUAUAUAAUAAAAAAUUGGGUAUUGGGUUAAAAGUCUGGGUUCCCUUAAACAAACUUUGGAUUAUGAAAGUUGUUUCCAGCUUUCCUGGAAAUAAAUUGAGCGGAGGAGUGUAUCUCUUCACUGACAUAUGUUGAGGAGAGUGGGGGAAUCGGAAACCUCAACGCCUCCCCCCCCCACCCCACACCCCGCGAACCCUGGUUAGGCCCUCAAGCUACGCACAGUAGUUAGCGAAUCCUCCGAUUUGGCAGUCUAUGCAGCAUGCAACAUAAGACCCCGCACCAAUUGAAACUCAAAACAUUUUGGAAGCGUUCACGCUAGGAUACACCUCAUCUCGACAACGGUGCAUAUAAUAACUUUUGUGUGUCCGAUUCGCCUGAUUGCUGCUGUGGAACCUGUGAAUGAUUCGGUAUAGCGAAUGGUUGGGUAGAGCGCACGCAGCACGAGAGUCGGUACAGCAAGGUCUUCUCCACAGUCACUCUUUUGUGGCGCUUACGGACAACGCGGCAAAAGCGGGCGACCUAUUCGGACGCCAAGGGUUCGUCAUCGGUCAAUUAUUCAUACUAGUCGGUAUUGUCGUAGCUCAAAAGGCAGGUUUUUAAGUAAGAUAUAACUCGUUUCUUUUUUCAUCAAACUUUCGUAGCGGAAGACUCCGUUGUAAUUUAGAACGGGACCCGCCGAUCGGUUUAGUUGCCGUCUAACCAGCGAAAGUGUUAGAAAGUGCGGUGUUUACACACGCCUUGCGUGUCGUAUAACUUCCUUUUAAAGCUGUUAUAUUUAAAAGAAACUACACUCUCUGUAACGCGACCGGUGGUCAUAUCUGUCGAGUGUAACUCGGUCUUCGUACAGACCGAUGCAAAACGUUACACGCGGUUCCAGUACAUAUAAGCGAGACAGCGUAUAGCCCUUGAUCGUGAACCUUCAUUCUACAGCUUUAGAAGCCGUUAUUGCCCAGUCCGCUGCAUUUCUUCGGACACAUAGUACAUAUACAGUGUGAACACAGAAGACAUCCGCAUAUUUAGGUGUGGGCACUCCCUUCCCCUCCUCCCCCAAGGCGAAUACGGACGAAGCAAGCAAGCACGCCCUCAGGAGGUAGCGCAGUAUAUGUGAGAACGACGUAUCGCUUUCAUGCGCAGGCCGAGAACCCCGCAUUCCUUGUGGGUUUAAUCGCGCAAGGCGCCAUGAUGGUCGCGUCUACCAUACAUUGAAGACAGUUUGGCGCUUUAAUCUGUUUGCACAAGCGACAUCACGUCCGCUUAGUCAACUGUAUAGAUUCCUGUGGCUCUAUUAUCCUGUGCAGUGUUUGUGAAAUAUAUUUGGCUCCAGGAGUUGCGACGCCUUUCGCAGGGUCUUCAUAAAACGUUCAGGUUGUCGUCGGUUAUCUUGUUUUUGUUAUCUAUUACUUUAUUUCUCGCGCCUUCCUUUGUUGUUGCGUCAUUCUGAUUCGGGGAGACAGCGCGAAGCGCCAUCUGUCUCAAUGUCUUGGGACUUCUGAGCCGCAAAAGCUCUACGUGGUGUCCGAGUUUUAAACCCGUACCGACGGGAGGUCCGGUUUCCUGCGCGGUGGACUUGGAAACUUCCGACAAGUACGCGUGCCCGCAGGCUUCUGUCGAGCUGGGAAUUCAAAGCGAGUCCCUUGCGAGGAAAGCAGCUGCCGAUGCCAUAUAGUCUGUUUGACACGAUACGUCUGCUCUACCACCACUGCAAUGCGCUCGCUCUGUCUAUAGGGCCCCCACUGCUAGACCCCCAGGUGAACUUCGCGUUGGGGGGAAGGCUUUAGAAACUCUCGGGAAUAAAGGAACGCACGGUACAAAGCGUUUACCGCCUCGUGAAUGACUAACCAACACCCCCGGCCUGAUCUGUAAUGCAAAAAAAAAAAAAGAGAAAGGGAAAAACGCCGUGGAACCAUCCGAACCAUGCUCGCCCCCAACCACGACGGCUUCUCACCGGAUCGACGUCGAUCCGCGAGCAGACGAAUCACGGUGUACGACGCGGCGUCUGAUCCGAGCAGACGACGCGUCCGGAAGACGAGCCGAGUUUCGAUUGUCGGAACCUCUUGCAACCGGUUGGAACUUGACGGAACGGGCGGGCGACUUGCCGAGUGCGACUGUUGGUACAAGUCGCGUCGCGACCUGUACAGUGUAGCGUCACCCGCGAACGUGUCCCGAAAUGGUAAACACGGGUGCGACAGGAGAAACGACUCGACGAUCGACGCGGCGCAAAACAUGGCCGCUUCGGCCGUUGAGAAGUCCGUUGGAAGCUCGUCGGACGCUUUUGUGGGAUACGACUUGUAGCCGGGGGCGAAGGGUCGGGCGGUUAAUUUAGGCCCACGUGUUCUGCGCUCUGCGCUCCGAUGACGCCAAAUGUUGUUCUCGCGUCGUCGACGAUGACGCGCCUAAUGAAGGGACAGCGCGCCAUAACACUUGCCGCCAGCGAAGCGACGCGCCGUCUCCUGCAAGUGCAGUUGCUCGUUCGGGAUGUGUGCGAAAAAACAAACAAAAAAGAAAGAAAGCACUCGCUAUGCGGCUGCCGUGUAUCUGGCAGGGCCGCACAGUAACAUUGAGGGUCCGUUAAUUGUACGCCUACUCGACGCGCUUGAACAAACGCGUGCGCGGUCGAUUGACGUCAUUAACGAUCCGCUCAUGGACAGAUAUGCGGCACACGAGUCGCGCGUAAGCCUCCCCCCCCCCCUUCCCGUCCCCCCACCUAAAUGCGAGAGACGAUACGGAAUCGAAUAGGCGCUGCAGUUCUUAAAGAAAUAGAAUCCCUCAAAGAAAAAGAAAACGUGGCUUAUCAAUUAAGGUUUUACUUAUAUUUGAAAAAGAAGACAUGUGAGAACAUCUUCGAGAAGGUCGAGUAAUCAGUUUGAGUUUUUCAACGGGAGUUCAUUGAAGUAAUCAAACUGCUCAGUCGGGAUCCCAGAGCUGCAUUACUAUGGUGCUCAAACUUCCCCUCUGACGAGUGGCGGUUCUCGACGCACCGCAGCUUUCGGGCGCCCGGUUCGCCCGGUUUCCGAAUCCGUCUCGUGCCUAAGGGUCGGUUGCAAGCGUGGCUGACGUCACGGGCGCGUGACGUACGCGUGACGUAUACGCGUUUACCGACGGCAUCUAGCGCCUCCUCCCUGCAAGAGUGUGACGCAGCUUCCAAGUCGACGGCGCGCCAGGACCAGUGUGCCUGUCGUGCACGUACAGUCAACCGCAAAAGUUUACGGGACGCAGCAUCUGCCGAGAAGCUGAAUUCUCGCGAAGCGUGGUCACACAGCCUCGAAUUAAGCGUGCCAGCAUGUAGUAGCCUUCGCCACCUACACGCAGUGAUUCAUUAAAUACAGUGUCAAGCCUUUCACAGUGCAGGAAUUCAAAUUUGAAGAGGAAACCGCAUCCCGCAAACUUUUGCUGUUGACUGUGCGUGCGUCGAUCUGUCGCGCGGAACGUCCUGUUGUCACCGAGUCGAGAAACGCGACAGAACGAUCGAACCUCGUCGUAACGACAAAUUCGUUACGUGUCGAGAGUCGCCACCACAAAUUUGUUUUUGUCGUUUAGAUAAACGUUUCUGUUGUGCGAUUUUUUCUCGUCGCGAUUGCGUCGUUCCUGUCGGGGCGGGGCAGCCAUUUCUGUCGUAAAUCCUGAACGCUCUUGUUUGUACGACAGGGUCGAUUGUGCAUUGCCGAAUGAAGACUCACACGAGGGAAAUACUGCGCUGUAGCUUUCGUUAUAUUUUGGGACUUGUAAUCGGUUCAGACAUGUUUUGUCAGUUAGCUGGUUAGCGUGCUAUAGCCUGAUGAACGGGGUGUCUGCUGAAAGUGAAAUACGCUCUCAACAAGUUUUUUAUCCAGACAGUAUAAACGCGUCAAAUGAUUUUUUGCAGAAGCAUUAAUGGCAUUAUUUGAAAGUGAUGAAAGUCAUUUUCGCCCUGACCCUUUCCAUCCUGCACAGAAGGACUUUCGGCAAAGGCUAUAUAGUCACACUUCUGUAAUUCAGUCAGGCCCUGAAAACAUUUCUUUUGAGGAACGAUCGCCUAUUGUGACCUGCUGUUUAAUUGUUACAUUAUCACCAGCGCUGCUGCGGCUCUUCUUAUGCGGUAGACCCGUGUACCGGGAGGUGUUGCACAAAUGGCAAUGCCAGUUUCUUAGCUGUUGUCACCAACUGACGAGAACACAAAAGUUCAAACACGCACUCACGCGCGAGACUUGCCGUUUUGCUUUGUGCCAUGACGCGCCUCAUUCUGAACUCAUUCGACGAUGCCACCGCACGACUUAUUCAUUCUUAUUUUUUUGCGGGGUGCAGAUAUCAUAGAAACAGCAUCAUCGUGUCCACAUUCUUCGUGUGACGUUUUCGAGAAAAGAAGAGGAAGAAACUGGCGAGGAAAUCUUGACUGCGGCACAGUCGUCGGCCGCCUAUCAUAAGUCAUGCCCACACAAAAUGUAUGAUGGCAUACCGUUAUGACCCAUGAAAACCAACUGCGAGUAUGUUAACAUCUCGAAAGGCACGGGGGGAAAAAAAAGGUGCUGUAGCUUCCGCAGAAUUGCGAGCCUUCGUGCGACUUCUCACCACAGUUUGUGGCGUCAACACUGCCGCUAUGCGGUGCUUUGCUUUCGUACUGAGGAAGCAUGCCAACCUAAAGCCCCUUAAACUUUGUAAAGUAGCAACACUUUCCUCCGCCUUCACUCCCUCUCGUUUCUCCUCUCUCACGCUCCCUCCUCGACCGUGGCGCCGCCUACACUGCUCGAGCGUAGCAACGGCGCCAACAUGCGCUCCUCGCCAAUCCGUAGACGCUUCUCGAGCAAAAAUGGCGCUGAUACACGGCGCGAGGACCCACGUGAUGCUAUUAGGCCAAUAGCGACGCGGCGUCGGCCAGACCGCGCGAGGAGGAGGCGGCAUACUUCAAAGCGUGCCGUUACUUUACGAAGUUUAAGAUAGGCUUCAUGCCAACCGUGUGACGUCAAGAAGAGUGGCGCGGCGACGCUUGAUCUCUGUGUGACGUCAUGAUGCGCCGAGAUGACUCCCCGCGCGUUUUAGUGGCGACUCUCCGGCAGAUUCGCGCGCGGCUCUGAAUUGUCACGUGGUGCGCAUUGUCUCGAUUGCAUUUGUCCGAUCACCGUGCUAAGAAAAAAAAAAUGGAAGUAGCUUCAGGGACGCAAUGUAUUUGAUCAUCCAUCACAUCAACUGUAAUUUGUGGUUCACCGAACGCGCGAAGACAAAAAAAAAAUGUGCGAGCAGUACAAAAAAACCACUUAAUUUCACUGUUCGCCGUUGAGACCAGACAGCUAGCUAUAUAGAGAAUGACGUACCACGUGCGACUGAGUGGUCAAACGAGCUCUCUCUCUCUCUUUAUCUCUCUACUUUUCGUUUAUGGAGUUCGACUUUAUGCCACGUGGAAGACAACGCGAUGUUUUUAAUGUUUAUUUUUUUCGUUUUUUUUUUUUAAAUAGUGCAUUCUUAGACGUGAUAGCGCGCUCUUUAUCCUGUCGAAAAAAAGAUACAACAUAACAUUUUAACGUCUUAGCAAACGGCAGUCGUGUCGCAUUCCGCUACGCGUCACUGUUUGCACGACAGGGCCUCUUGCUUGACACACCAACAAUGACAUUUCCGUAGUACGACCCGACGUCCCUUCGGCGAAGGAUAAAAGUCCGUUGUGUUGUAGCUGGCCGCAAUCUGUGUCGUAGACGACGUUCGGAAUUUCAUGACGACAAAAGGCCAGGUCGGCCGUAUUCUCGAUCGAUCAGCUUCGGGAGUUCUACUGCCGGUGCACCUGGAUUGGCUAAAUUUCGGUAAAACGAGUUCUUGGGCGAGUUGGUCACUUAUUGCAGGCAUAACAGCAGUGACAGUGACAAGAACUUUAUUGGAGUGUCCUGAGAAACUUGAUUGGGGGAACCGAAGGGUCCCCAAUCAAGUUGGUGGCUCCACCCACGACGGGGCAUAACAGCAGCGCCAAAAAAAAAAAACACACACCCACGCUGUUGUUAUGCCUGCAAUAAUUGGGUAAACCCAACGGAAGUAGACAUGAGCGUCGAAAGAUUGGCCCAGUUCUAUUCGAAGUUAUUUUCAUGUCACUCAAUAAAAGAGGAACACGAUGAAAAAAGAAAUUAUUUAUGCAUGCCUUAUGUAUAAGCGUCAUUUUCAAGUCGCUCAGCUCCUGCAUCACAUUGUCAGGAUGUGCUCGUCACUCAACGGAGGAAUCGCACCGGAGAUUGCGUCACGCAAAAGUGAAAGGACCCCCGAAAGUGACCCACAAUGCGUCUGUCGUGACGUACGGAAAUUUUUUUCUGCGCAUUUAGAUGACAUCGUCUGUCGGGUCAUUUUUGACGUGGUUGAACUCGUAUAGUCUGUAGCUUUUACCUGUAGCGUGUCUGAUUGCGGGAACGUUUUUUUGUGUGUGUUGAUUAUUGUUAUAUGCCUCUAUUUUCUUUUCCUCUUUCUUGUCUUAUAGUGCAAUGAGAGUAAGUCCAGGAUUUUAUACCACAUGAGAGUGCUUUUUUUGUUAUUGUUGUUGUUGAUGUUGUUGUUGUCGCUGCGGCAAUAAUGAAGACACCCACACGUGUGUGUAAAAAAAAAUGCGUGCAUACACCACAACCCCCAUGUCAUUGUCGUUGAGGAGCAGCAUAUUGAAUGAACUGCCAUAUUCCUUUAUUACCUUUUAUUUUUUUCAAGAGUGCAAUAAAAAUUGACGAGAGAGUUACCUUCUAGAA